AUGGUUCUCGAAGCUACAAUGAUCUGUAUAGAUAACUCCGAAUAUAUGCGGAAUGGAGAUUAUCUAACUACAAGAUAUGAUGCACAAUUGACUGCAACUGAAUUUAUUUUCCAGAACAAGAUCAAUUCCAAUCCUGAAAACACCGUAGGGUUAUUGGCCUAUGGAGGCACAGGUCCACAGGUAUUGAGUACGUUGACGACAGAUUUUGGUAAGAUAUUAUCAGGCGUACAUGAGACCAAAAUCUAUGGAGAGAAUCAUUUCAGUAAUGGAAUUGAGGUGGCAGCAUUGGCCUUAAAACAUCGUCAAAAUAAAGUACAACACCAAAGAAUUAUAAUAUUUGUUGGAUCGCCUUUAAAAGAAGACGACAAACAGUUGGAAAAACUUGCAAAGAAAAUGAAAAAGAACAAUGUGGCAGUUGAUAUUAUAAACUUUGGGGAAGAGAAUGUAAAUACCAGCAAAUUGGAGAAAUUUCAUUCGAUUGUAAACAAUCACGAUAGCUCACACUUGGUUACAAUUCCACCAGGUCCAAGGUUGCUAUAUGAAGUUGUUGCUACCUCCCCAAUUCUUGUAGAAGAUGGAGCUUUUGGAGGUGCUAGUGGUGAACAAGACUUUUUUGGUGGAGGUGUUGCUGGAGCAGGGGACAUUAUUGACCCGAACAUGGAUCCAGAUUUGGCCUUGGCAUUGAGGUUGUCUUUAGAAGAAGAAAAGGCCAGACAAGAGAGGGAAGCGGCUGAGAAGGCCAAGAGCGAAGGUGAGGGAAGUGGUAAACCAGAAGAGUCAAAGAAGGAAGACGGUGACACAGACAACGGCGGUGACCAGACUGUUAAGAUGGAAGAAUCUAAAUAG